AAGUUCAACUUCGAACCAACUGUAUAUCUUCUUCGCCUCCGCUUUUUUUUCUUCAUCCCUUCAUCCUCCUUCAUCUUUCCUCCGCUCACGAUACGACUCGCCGUCGACAGCAGUGACGACGGCAACGUAACCUUUUGAACCCCGUCCCUCUUCCACUACGGCCAAUCUGCGCGCCCCAACAGCAACGUCCUUGUCGCCUUCGAAUUCCAUCAGCGCUCGGAACGUUACGGCGGCGAGGAUGGCAAACCCUUCUUCAUCUCAUCAUGACCGCGACCGCGACCGGAGUGAUCGUGAACGCGACCGCGAGAGGCACCACACCACCAGCAGUAGCAGCAGGCACCACCACCACCGCACCAUCUCUUCCACUACCCUUCUCCUCGUUCUGUCCCUCAUCCUUGCCGUACUUGCAGUGAUGCUCACUCUGCCCAACACCUCCCGCAACAGCACUCCAUCUCCAGCAGUUCCCAUUCCUUCCCCCAGUGUAGGUGCAGUUGGAGGCGAAGAGGCCAACGACGACGGGGUCCAAAACAGCAUCUGGGGCAUUCUCACCCCAAAGCGUUCUCAUGCGCUUAUCGCUCGCGAGAGCGCCGUCGCAAGUCGCGAGGCCGAAGUAGCUCGCCGCGAAGCUGAGCUUCUCAUCGGUGCCCCUGGCGGUGUCAUGCCCAUGCCUCCCCCCAUGCCCGAGUGCCCCAUGUGCCCGCCGCCCGCCACCGUCACCAUUGUCGAACCUCUUCCUGCUCAAACUGUCGUCAAGGAAGUUGUCAAGGAGGUCGAUCUUGCUCCUCCUGGUUGGUGGAAGGAGGCCGGCGCUCGUGCCGAAGAGCUUCUGGACCGCGAGCUCCGUGUUGGCGAGCGCGAGCGCGAUAUUAGCCGCCGCGAGGAGAGCGUUAACCGUCGUGAGCACGAUGCUUCACGUCGAGAAGGAUGGAUUAUGGAGCAACUUGUACUUAUCAACAACGACAAUGUCGUUGAGGAAGAAAUGAUUUACGAGGAAGCCCCACCGCCGCCGCCUCCCCCUCCUAUGAAGCGUAAACUCAAGUCACCACCUCCUCAGGCAGCUCCUCCUCCGCCACCACCACCUCCGCCUCCGCCUCCGGAGCCGACACUCGAAAUAGAAACGAGGACCAUCAUCCAAUAUGAGAACCAGUUCCCAACAAUGACCGUCCCUCCGCCCGCUAACACGCGUCGGGCGGCGUUCCCUACGCCUAAUGUCGUCUCUACUACCAAGUCGUCCUAUAUUCCCCGGACGACUGCGGUCUAUGAAGAAGUCGUCGUGGAGCCUCCUCGUGAAGAAUACAUAGAGGUAGAGGAAGAAGAAGAAGAAGAAGAAUACGAGGUUGAAGAAGAGUACGAGGAGUAUGAAGAGUAUGAGGAGUAUGAGGAGCCAGUUGUUGUAAAACCGCCUCCGCCGCCUCCGAAGGUUGCUCGUGGAGGUCCUCCGCGAGGGCCUUCAGGCUCCAGAACUCAACAGAACGGCGGGUGGAUGUGGUAAAUGAAUGACCAGCUCGCCAAGCAACUUCUCCUGUUCAAUCACCUCCCUAUGCGACACCCUCUUCUUCUGACUUUUUAUUCCGACUCUCAUGGCCCACGACCGACGACGACUGCGAUACUUGGACUCCUGCUUUUAUUUACUGCCUUGCACGGAAGUUGAUCUUUUGCGGUGGAACUCCCUCUUACGAACUCUUGAAUGCUUACAGAAAUCUUUGACGACUCAUGUGAUGCCUUGUGUUUUUUGUAGCGUAGGUAGAUAGUUAGGAUGAUACUAACCGUACUUUCGUCCUUUGCUCAUUGCCGUUCGCGACGGCAGAGGGCUUUGGAUAUAACUGUAAAUAUAUCCGCUUUUUGGGCUGCUCUUGCAAUUAUAUUGAUUAGGUUGGGAAUAAUACACGCUACAUAGAGAUGUGAACGAAAAGGGCGUGAGUAGUACUCCUUUGUGGAAAUGGG